AUGCCGCGACGUCAAACUUUCGCUACUAUAAUAAUCACCACCUCUAUUUUGAUCCCCUUCAUCUUGGCCAACCCAUUCCACCUCUCGAGGCACGACGUUCAUCAUAUCAAUCAUGUCGAAAAGGUGACUGCCAAAUCCAAUGCUAAUCCCCAUGCCGGGAAUGGCAUUGGAACAAGCAUUGACGGUAUUGCAAAUGCCGCCAAUGACAUUGUCAAUGACAUUGUCGACGCAUUGAAACCGAACAACGAAAACUACACAGAAUACCCGCCGCCCGCGCUAGCCCAAGAGUUCAUCAUGGCACAUAACGAGAUUCGAAAGGCCGAGAACGUGCCACCCUUAGUAUGGAAUGAGACGUUGGCCCAAUUCGCAGAGGAUUGGGCCAAGAAGCAGACCGAUUGUGGUAUGCGCCACUCGAAGGGCCAAUACGGGGAGAACUUGUUCUGGGGUUUUAAGUCCCAUUGGUUGCCGAGAGAGGCAGUGGAGGAUUGGGCUCAUGAGAAGCAAUUUUACAAUAGAGAAAAGCGACAAUGCUCCCAAGACAAAGCUUGCGGCCACUACACGCAGAUUGUAUGGAAGACCACUCAACAAGUUGGGUGCACUCGGCUCUCCACUUUCUCCUCCUCCUACUCCUAG